UCAUAGUUUGAGCAACGUUGACCUAGAAUAUCUGGUGGAAAAGCGACGAAAGCGGACAGGUACCCGCAGAGAGGCAAAGCGAUAACAAAGCUCUCGCGGGAAGGCUGAAUUGUCGUGGAAUCCUUUGAAAUACGAGAUUGCACCGUCUUGGUGUGUUUCUUCGUUCGCUGGCUGCAAGAUUUCCGUUAGCCUGGGCGAAUCUUUUUCAACGGCAUGGCUACUCGAGCCUUUCGAAUUAUCGAUCCUCAUUGUUGGAGCCGCGGAUGCGACCAAGAGUAUUAUGCGCCAGAAAGAAGCCUCGUUGUUGCUUGCUGUUCCUCUUUCCUACGCGGUUCUUUCUCCAACAAGCCAUAGGCUUGUGUGAAGUACAGGCUGUUUCAGAAGAGGUGAACAUAAAAUUUGAAGCUGAGUUCAGUAUACAGAAAUUGGACAGACACAUCCGAGAAGAUACCACAAGAAAGAUGUUGCGAUUCUCUCUUUUUUCCCUUGCUAUCUUCCUGCUCGUUGCACUGAUGCAUCUCUCUCAGGGAGAGACGACAACAGAGCUGCCCUUCCUCUUGCAGAAAAUCAAGAAAAACACCGAAAUGCAAAUGAAAAUCCAGACCGAUACACGGAAUUCGGGCUCCGAAACCAUGUUUGAUGCACCCACAGACGCGACUACAGGGAUCAGGACUACAACUAUAGACCCAGGACAGUUAUAUGUUCUGCAAAGCAUCAUUGAAGUACCCAUGAGAUGUCCAUCCGGUUCUGAUUUCAUACGUGGAAGCUGUCGCACAAGAAUUGACUGAAAUGAAAUAUGUGAAAUCGAGAUUUGGAAACCUCCUAUAUAUCAUACAAUAUAUUCAUAAAAAAUUCUA